UCAGGAUGCUAUGCAUUUCAAUACCUCUGCGCCGCACUGAAUUCGGAGCAAGAGCAAACACAGGAGGAGGGAAGGGUAGAUAAAAUGGCUGCUGCUGUCAAAGCUUUCUUUUCCGAUGCGUGUAAGCUUGAGUUUGCUCUCGCAUUCCGGGCCAAGUGAAAAUUGUGGAAAACUAGUAUAAUUUACAUUCUACGGUUGUGUUUACCGUGGGAAACAGGCUUGUGAUUGUUAGAUCUAUUCCGUAGUGCGCUUUGCGGUCUAUUCUGUAGCCCGUCGUUUGUUGGGAAUUCGACUCCGAAGUUACCGCACCGUGAAGCGUUCUCGAUGGUCUGGAAAAGGGAUGCCAUGUCGGUCCCGGGCUUAUAAAGCGUCUGGCGUUAUUGGUUAUUGUGCAUCGGGAAAAUAAAGUAGAUAUUAUUUAAAAAAAUCAGAACGAAAAACAAGCCCUUGUUCGACGUUUAUUGUAAGCAGAAAAUUUCUUCUGGGUGGAGUUACUUUUUCGCUCCGAUUUCAUACGCAUGCCUCGGUACGAUAUAUGUGCCAGGGGUAGCCUAGAGUCACGGCGCUUUUGCGUUGCAAUUGUGGGUGGGUUCGAUCUAGGCCGGGAACAGUAGGUACAACGUAAAUGUAAGAGAUUUUUAACAAGCAAGGACAGUAGCUUUACCAAAGUGUGUUACGUGAAGCGGCUACCCAACGGGGUGUUUUGGCAUUCAGAAAUAUGAUUGCCAAUGUGUGUGAUGCACGCUGUGUGAAUUGUGGUUACGGCAGGAUGUUGAACAGAACUUGAACAACACUCAACCUUUCCCAUCAAAAUCCCCCGUUCGUUAGCCCGGCAAGUCCAUCAUCGUGUUUAGGACAACACCCCCGGGGGCUAAUAGUGUGCGGGCAUAAGAUGUGUCGGCAGUGGGGUUGAGUUUGGGGAUAAGAUGUCUGCACCGAUCAAACGUAAAAUUACACUAGAACUCGCUAGCAAGAAGUCCACCUUAAUCAAGGAUCGUCCCAGCGUGUUCCAGCGUCUUGGCACGAAAAAAAUUGGCCGUACCGGAGGAUCAUCAUCGCAACAACCGCAGUACCACGCACAGGAAGCUGGUGAAAGCAAGGAAGAGAUUGUGAAACGAAUCGUAUCGGCUGCUGAAGAGCCAGUUCCGGUAACAGCCCCCGUUACCGUACCGGAAAGUGUAGCGGCACACGCACGGCUCAUCCAGGCACAGCUGGCGGCCAAAGCACAGCUGAAGGCGAACAAGCAGAACGCAGCCAACGUGCAACAGCCGACGGGAGGACCCGCACACAGCAGUAGUACAACGGUUGCAGAAAAAGAAGAGUUGGAGGAAGACGCGUCGAAGCAGUACUACCACCACCACGAAUCGCAUCAUCAUCACCAUCAUCACCACCACUACCAAAAGUAUCAGCAGCAGCAGCAGCAGCAGCAGCAGGAACAGCAACAGGACCGACAUCGGGAGGUGCUGGAGGUUAGGCAACGACCACAUACACCCGACAGCCCCGAUCGCAGGGUACACAGUCUAAGCAGCGAGCGAAGCAGCACCGCUGCCGGUGCCAGCGGUUGGGAUCAGUCGUCGCUCGAGAAUGCUGAUCAAGCCAUUCUAGAGCGGAAGCGUAAAGAAUUACAGCACGAGUUGAAGCUUGAAAUGGACGCUAGCUCGAGCAAGAAGAAAGACGGUCGCAGCGAAAUGAGCAAAAAGAUGAAAAAGUUAGUCAGCAGUUCGCACCGUUCUCAGCAGAAACUGCAGCAGCAGCACCUGCACCAUCAGCAUUCGAUGCAGCAGCAAUCACAGCACGGUCACGGUGGCCACGGCCACAGCAGCCAUGGACAUCAGCAGCUGGCACAGCAGCACACCUCCUCGAGCACCUCCGAAAGCUCGAACAGUAGCAGCGGUUCCGAAACGACCGAAUCGGAUUCGUCGAGCUCGUCCAGCUCGUCGUCGCACAAUUCGAAUCAUCGGCGGCUGAAAAAGCGCCACGCCGUCGUCCGCGCCCGGCGUAACGAAUCGAGCUCCAGCUCCGAACCGGUCACCACAUCCACCUCGCUCGGCACCUCCAGCAAACUCUCCAAGCGACAUGCAAAAAAGCUCGCGGUGGCGGCGGCCGUCCACGAACAGGCCGAACGCAGCAAGCGCCUGCUGGCGAAGGCAAGCAAAGGUAGCGGCGGUGCGGGCGGUGGAACUGUACUGCUCACGAAAACGAUUCGCGUCAAGAAAUGCAUACCGAGCAGUCCGGGCAGUGGCACGCAUCACGUAUCGCGCAAGCUAUCGUCCCGCGAGCUGUCGCCGACGAGCGGUAAAGCGUCCUCGACAAAGUACGCCCUCAAGGCGAAGCUGCUCGGUUCGAGCUCGUCCUCGUCGAAGAAGGAAAAAAUGUCGGCCCUCGAUGCACGGGAGCGGGUGCGGGAAAAGGAGCGCGAGCUGGCACUGCGCGAGAAGGAGCGCGAACGCGAAAAGGAACGCUUGCGACUGCGCGAGCGCGAACGGGAACGGGAGAGGGAAAGAGAGCGGGAGCGACUGAAAAUGCGCCCCGUGUCGCCGCGGAUGCGUUCCGGCGCCGCAUCGCCCGUCUCCUCACGCGGUGGUGGUGGUGGUGGAAGUGGUGGUGUACCGAUGCGCGAGCUACAGGGCAAGGGAAAGAAAAGCCCCGAGCGACGGUUGUCUUCGCCGAUGUCUACGGUGUCCGCUUCCCGCUACCGGGAAAUGAUGCCGAUGCGCCGUGAACGCACGCCCGAACUAACGCGCGAAGAGCGCCGUCGGCACGAGGUCCUGAAGGAGCGGGAAAGACGGGAGCGUGCCGAUCGAGAGCGGGCCGACCGUGAGCGCGAGGUGCUGCGCGAGAAGGAACGGGAAGAGCUACUGGCACGGGAACGGCAGCGCGACCGGGACCGGCUGGUGGCGAAAGAACAGCAUCAGCAUCCGCACAUACCACCGCAGCCGCGUGGCCUACGGCGCGAUAACGACGGUGGGCUGGAAAAGCCGGACCGGCACCGGCCAGUGGAACGUUUGCUGCCGCGUCCGGCAGAACGUGCCCGUGCAUUGGCAGCGGCCCGAUCGCCGGGCAAAUCCGUCGACCGUGAUCGAAGCCGAUCGCCCUGUUCGCCCGGCGCUUCGCGCGGGUCGAGAGGUGCAAUGCGUGAACGUGAUCGAUCGUACGAGCGUACCGCGUAUUUGCACGAAAUGCACGAACGUCGCACCUCGAGCCGCUCGCGCGAACGGGAGUAUGCGGCCAAUCUUGUGUCACCGCCGAUGCGAUCGGCACGGCGUGAUUCACCACCACCGCACUACGACCGACACGCUGGUGGACUGGGACGGGGUGAAUCGUCCGUUGGUGGAAGUGGGGGAGGCGGUGGCCGUGUCGAGUACCGGGUGGACCGCAGCGAACUGGCCUACGACGAGCGCAUGGCGAUGGGGGGUGGUGGAGGCGGCAGUCGCGGUGAACGAGCAGCGUGCGGUGGGGGUGGUAGUGGCCGGGAUGAGUACGUGCGGGAUUAUCCGGACGAUCCGCUACCGAGACGGGAACCACCACCGCAUCACGAUCGUGGUGGCGGCUGGGAAUGCGAACGUGUGGAACGGAGCAGUCGGUACGAAUCGCGCGAGAUGGGUUCCGGCGAUCGACGGGGCGAUUGGAAUGACCGUGGUGAUCAGCACGGUUCGAUGGUGGAUCUGGACGGGAAUUAUCCGAGCGGGAGCGAACCGCGUGGGUCUCGCGCUUGGGAUGAACGACCAUCGUGGAAGGAUGGCCCUAGCGAAUCUUGGCACGGUUCGGACAAACCGGACCGCACCAUGGUACACUCGGAUUGGAAGUACAAGGAGCGCCAGUGGGACCACGAGCAUGGGGAUCGAGGUGGCAAUGGACCACCCGGUCCUCCACCACCCUCGCAUGGUGGUGGACACGGGGGACAUGGUGGUGGUGGUGGUGGACCACCAUCGCGCCGAUCGUGGCAGCAGCCACCGAAUGCUGGCGGUGGAGGCGUCGGUCCGUCCGGUGGAGGGUCCGGUGGGCCGGGUGAUUGGCACGUUUCAAAAGGUGGACCCGGCGUAGAGCACGAGCAGCGUGGUGAUUUUAUGCAUCACCAGCAACGUCCCGGACAUCCAAACGAACGCACCAUGUUCAGGCGCCACCAUCAUCAAGGCCCUUACCAUGGCCAUCCGCGCAAACCGCACAUCGGCGUUGGUGGUGGUCCGGGUGGUGGAGGACCAGGCGGACCGGGUGGUGUCGGACCGAGCGGAGCGCUUAACCGGUUCACUCCGAACAAAUACAGCCUGAAUCGCACCCAGGCGAAUCUUGCCGAGCGCCAGGCUGGCAUGGGUAUGGUUCCGAGUCAAUCGCCCAACCAGCACGGUCACGUCCACCGUCAAACGCCACCGGUGGGUGGUGGUGGACCUUCAAUGCAGCCACCUCAUCAUGGUGCGCCUCCAUCCGGUGCGAACCAAUCACCCAUGGGACAGCAGCAGCAACAGCAGCAGCAUCAUAACAUUCAUCCCAUGCAGAAUCAGCGACAGACAGGUGGCCCACCCGAACCGCACAUGCACGGUGAACAGCAGCAACAACACCAUCCGCAUCAUCACCAUACGCAUCAUCAUCAUCCGCAGCAGCAUCAGCAACAACAACAAACUCAACCACCAAUGGGGUUGUCCCAUCGUCCGCCAGCUGGUAGCUACGAUCCCGAACCGAAACAUCUUGCUGCACCUGCAACAGUAGCACCACCAGCAGCAGCAGCAGCAGCAGCAGCAGUAGCUGUAGCAGCAACAACAACAACAGCACCACCACCAGGUCCGGUCGAGCCACCCGUGCAACGUUGCCAAGUCCUUGAUGAACCGGCCAGCCCAGCGCCGGAAGAUACUGGAGCAUUGGUCCAGGUCACCCCAGCUGUAGCGGCUGCCGGUUCCGGUCUGCUAGCACCGCACGAACCAACCUCACCGCAAGAUUCGGCCUCUGGUACGGUGGUGGCGACUGUCAGUGGUGCUGUGGUGGUGGUGGGAAGCGCACCAACGACGGUAAGUACCGCUACGCCCGCUUCGCCUGCUGCGGAAGACACUGGCACCGUCGAGGCCGCUGAACAGACCGCCCAACCGCACACCGACGCGAUGGAGGUGGACAACUUGAGCGAAAUCAGCGACGAUCCGGACGACAUUCUGACGCGUGACGAGGAAAUCAAUGACUACAGUUCAACGGCGUACGAAGCGAACGGCACCACAACCGAUACGAACCAGCGGACGGUGGAACAGCCGUUGCAGCAGCGCCGCCGGCCACCAUUCCUGUCAAAGGCCCGCUACAAAUCGUACGAGGACGCCAUCGUCGACGGCCUUAAGCCAUGUUUGUCGCUUACUGACAUGGGCGCCAAUCCGCUAUGUGAUUCUAUCUCGACCGAUCGCAGUGGCAGCAGCCAGCAGGUUGAUUUGGUCGGCAACGAGGCCGAAGCAAUGGAACUUGGCGGUGUAGCAGCAGCGAAUGUGCCGACAACUGCGGGCACAACCGUUCCCACAACAUCGACGGUACAGCUGCCUAGCGAGGAAACGGCACACCCCGAAGCCGAUGCAACAUGCACGGGUUUGCCCGGUCCGGAUAGUAAGAUGGUGCCGGCGACCGGCAGUGCCCCGGAACCACAGCCGGACGUCACGAAGGACGUGGGCAAGCUGAACGCGAACAAAGAGCUGAAGGAAGAGAUGGAUCUCGAUUUCGAGGAAAUAUCGGACGGCGAGCUUGAAGCGGAAGAGAGUAGCCGAAGUCGCGGGUUGGGCGAUCCGCUCGGUGUCGAUUGGGGCAGCCUGACGCAGGAAGCGCUGCGUCCGCUAAAGCCGACCAGACAGCUGGAAAAACAGUUCCCCAUAUCGGCACGGAACCGGUGGAAGGCACACCACAUCCUGCUCGACAUGGGCAUCUCCGUACGGCUGGCGGGCGCAAACUAUGCCCAGCGCGUGCUGACCGAAUCCAAGGAAAAGCUGCGGGAAGAGCUGGAAGAGUUUCGGGCGGCUGCUGCUGCUGCUGCCGCCGGCGGGCAUAACAAGCGAAACGAGGAGGAUAGAGCGAACGAUGACAAGUCGGUUGGCGGUGACGGUGGUUCAUCGGCGGACGGCGACAAUGCAUCGAUCAAGACGGAACAGUCCGAGGAGGAGCAAGCCGGCACCAGCACAGCAAAGAAACCGGUCGACGGUGAACGGAUGCCGACUGACAAACAGCCACCCCAACCGGAACCAUCCACCAGCAGCAGCAGCGGCACGAUCGCAACGAGUGUCGAGCGCGAGCUGGCAGAUGUCGAUCGCAUCCUGCACCCGAUCGCCGCGGUACAUGUGGCGCUGCGCGAACAAGCCCGUCUGCGGCGGAAUCUUAUUCUUGCGGCCGAACCCGUCCCCGGUCAGCGGCACCAGUGCGGACGGGCACUGAGCGCACGGAAGGAUCUGCAGAUCCGGCGACAGCUGUGCGGCUUUCCAUCGGCGACACUUGCGACGAUGACGUCGUGUGCGGCCGGUGCUGCUGCCGGCUAUCUCCAUCAAGAGCUGCAUGCGGACGCACCGCUCGGUGGCGGUGGCGGUACGACGUCCGCCACCCUGCACGAGCAGAUCGUGCAAAUGUACCGGCAGAUGGUGGCCCAGCAGCAGGAGCAGCUUCAGUCACAGGGUGUUUGCACCACACUGGCAGCGGUGUGAGAGUGUCUGGUGCGACCGUUUCCGGUCGCCGGGACCAGCAACAUCUGGGAGUGCGCAAGUGCGAACCGCGCGGAACCGGAUAGGCAACAACGAAUUCUCCGACCACGACGGUCCGGGCUUUGGUUGCGCCACCGUAACUAUGGGCCACGGUUGACGUCCGUCGCGGACGUAACGGCGCUGUUGCGUAAUGCGGGUCGCCCGUAAAGCUUUCGUGACUCAUUGUCACAAAUCGUUGGACGCGGAUAUGAACAGAGCAGGGGUAACCUAUAGGUAAUUUUUUUUGGUUAUACAUAUAUUUUUUAUAAUUAUUUAUAUCGAUACGUGCAAACAACAAAAAAGACGGUAUGCGGCAGAUACAUACUUUUAUUCAAGUAAUCGCAUAUUUUCGCAUCGUAUCGUGUUUGGGUGCAACAUAUGGAGUUAACGCCCUAUUUGGCGUAUAAUAAAUAGUCAGCCCGCGCCUCAUUACAAGUACCUCUUUAACCUUUUUUUUCAACAAUCGGUAGAGUAGGCGGGCAGUUUGGGCCUAUCUUACCCUAUUUCCGUGCAUAGUGUAUGUAAAGAAUGGAACUUACCGCGUACCAGAGCUUGAUCGAAAUGACGUUUUAAUGAAAUUCUAUACGAGAGAGUAUCGACUGUCUAUAGUAUUGCAUUGAAGGUGUUGCCGUUUUGUUCAUCAAAAUUAAGAAUCGUAAUACUGCAUACCUUGAUAGUUAUAAGUGAUUGUGAAAAGUCAUAUAAGUCAUCCAAAAACAGGUCAGCACCGAAACACUCACAAUGCCGUGAAUCACGUGCGCGCGCCGGUCAACGUGUUAAUAACCAACCAACCAAGCAAACAAGCAUAAACUCUGUUACGAACCCUAAGGGAACCAACGCUAAAAAGAAGGUUCCGUUUGUGGGACAGUUUUAUGAGCCAUCGUUUUAGCCGUGGUUUACGGGAGCUCGUAAGAGGGGGGUUUUUUUUUUUCUCGUUUGCUUGAUAGUCACAAAAAUACAUCUCCCAAGAUAUAUGUUAUGUGUCAAGAAGUAAGAGAUCAAUGCUAGCAUAGAAAUUAAGAAUAUUUGUACAUCUCGAACAAUAAAGAGAAACAGCGCUAGAUGUAGCGUAC